AUGUCUUCCCUUCUGGAUGCUGUUCUCAACUCGGAUGCCGCUCCCACUCCUUCAAGCGACGUUGGAAACCCAAGGCGGUCGCAAAUGCGCUCCUCGUCCGCCCGGCCCCGUGCACCCCCUUCCGAAAGCGCCGGUGCGAACAGCGACGUCGACGGCUUUCCAGAUGACGAAGUCGUAGGUGCGAGGGUGCCUGGCCGGAGAGCCAACGGACCCAGAGCGGAUAUACCCAAGGUGGUCGACCUGACGGGAGAAACGCUGUCUGUUCGAUUUCAGGAGUUCCUGGAGAGCUACACGGAAGAUCCGACGUCGUCAGCGCUGCCGGUGUCGAGUAUCCCCACCACGGACAAAUACUACAUUGACCAAAUCAGAGGCAUGAAGCUGUACGGCCUCUCCACACUCUACGUCGAUUACACGCACUUGCAGAGGCACGAGGAUGGUGUCGUGGCAGCGGCUGUUGCCAGCGAGUACUACCGAUUUCUCCCAUACAUGGUCCGCGCCCUCCACGCCCUCAUUGCGAAGUAUGAGCCGGACUACUUCCGCCAGCAUCGCCAGCCCACAUCGACCACAUCGGUCUCUGCUACGUCGAACGCCGGCAACGCGACGAGUCAGAAUGAGAGCCUCAACGAGAAGACAGCGAACCAGCAGACCGACAAGCUGUUCACACUCGCCUUCUACAACCUUCCCCUCAUCUCCCGCAUCCGACAGCUGCGAACAGAAUCCAUUGGUCGAUUGUUGUCCAUCUCGGGCACUGUCACUCGCACUUCGGAAGUCCGGCCUGAGCUUUCUUUGGCCACCUUUAUAUGCGAGGCUUGCAAUACCGUAGUACCGAGCAUCGAGCAGACGUUCAAAUACACAGAACCCACCCAAUGUCCAAACACGACAUGCAUGAACCGAGAAGGGUGGCGACUAGAUAUCAGACAAUCUACCUUCGUGGACUGGCAGAAGGUACGGAUUCAAGAGAACAGUUCUGAGAUCCCAACAGGCAGCAUGCCUCGGACAAUGGACGUCAUCUUGCGAGGCGAAAUGGUCGAUCGCGCCAAAGCUGGAGAGAAGUGCAUCUUCACGGGAACCGUCAUCGUAAUUCCGGACGUGAGUCAGUUCAGAGUACCAGGUGUGAGGCCUCAGGCGACUCGAGACAACUCAAACAGCGCCCGCGGUAAUGAUGUCGGCGGCUCCGGCGUCAGCGGUCUCAAAGCGUUGGGUGUACGCGACCUUACCUACCGGAUGUCAUUCUUGGCCUGCAUGGUGACGCCAGACACUUCUACCCCAGGGCAGCCGUCGAAUCAUCGUAUGACUGGUCAAGCAGGAAACAUCCUCGCUUCGCUCAACCAGGUACAAGCACUGGAGACGACGGCAUCUGGCGAAGAAGCGCAGGCAGAAUACCUCGCAACUCUCACUCCCUCCGAGAUCCAGGACUUGAAGGAUAUGGUCCAGAAACCCCACAUCUAUAUGCGCCUGGUGGACUCGAUUGCACCUACAGUCUAUGGUCACCAGGUCAUCAAGAAAGGGCUUUUGCUCCAGCUUAUGAGUGGUGUCUCCAAAGAGACGCCUGAAGGCAUGGCUUUGCGUGGAGAUAUCAAUAUUUGCAUUGUUGGGGAUCCUUCUACGUCCAAGUCCCAAUUCCUGAAGUAUAUCUGCAGCUUCUUGCCACGGGCAGUCUACACCUCCGGCAAGGCCUCUUCCGCCGCAGGUCUCACAGCUGCAGUAGUCAAGGACGAGGAAACUGGAGAUUUCACCAUCGAAGCCGGAGCCCUCAUGCUCGCAGACAAUGGCAUCUGCGCCAUCGACGAGUUCGACAAAAUGGACAUCGCCGACCAAGUCGCUAUCCACGAAGCCAUGGAACAACAGACCAUCUCCAUCGCCAAAGCAGGUAUCCAAGCAACCCUCAAUGCGCGUACUUCCAUCCUUGCGGCAGCCAACCCCGUCGGCGGCCGCUACAACCGCAAGACGACUCUCCGUGCCAACGUCAACAUGUCUGCACCUAUCAUGUCCCGCUUUGAUCUCUUCUUCGUUGUUCUAGACGAGUGCGACGAGGACGUCGACCGCCACCUCGCAGAGCACAUCGUCGGUAUCCACAAAGACCGCGAUGACGCUAUCGAGCCUGAGUUCAGCACCGAGCAGCUUCAGCGCUACAUCCGCUUUGCGCGUACGUUCAAGCCAGAGUUCACCGACGAGGCGAAGGAGACGCUGGUGGAGAAGUACAAGGAACUGCGCGCGGACGACGCGCAGGGUGGCAUUGGUCGCAAUAGCUAUCGCAUAACGGUCCGUCAACUAGAGAGCAUGAUUCGGUUGUCUGAGGCUAUUGCGAAGGCGAACUGUGUCAGCGAGAUCACGCCCGAGUUCGUCAAGGAAGCGUACAAUCUCCUCCGUCAAUCCAUCAUCAGCGUUGAGAAAGACGACGUCGAAGUUGAAGACGAGGACGACGAGGCGAUGCUCGCUGCGGCAGCAGCCGCUGAAACGCAAGAUGGCGACGCGGAGAUGGAUGAUGAGCAGCAGGGCGAACGGGUGCGGACAGCGAGCCGUACACCUGCACCUGCGCCGCGCGAGAAGACGAAGAUCACGCACGACAAAUACGUCGCGAUGCGCAACCUCUUCGUCAAGCGCGUCAACGACGAUCAAGCCUCGACUGAAGAUGGCGUCGAGGAAGAGGAGCUCUUGGUCUGGUACUUGGAGCAGAAGGAAGCGGAGCUUGAUACCCAGGAGGAUCUGGAGAAGGAGAGGGCGCUUGCGAAGAAGGUGCUCAAGAAGGUCUGCAAGGAGCAAUAUCUCAUGCAGAUUCGCGGCGAGGGUCUAGCGGACGACCAGGGUCAGGGACCUCAGGAUUCGGAGAAGGUGGUAUACGUGUUGCAUCCGAACUGCCCGGUGGAGGAUAUUGUUUGA